AUGCUCUCAAAUCUGGAGUUCAGAGAUAUUCCUAACAGUGAAGAUGGCUUGGUCGUCUACGUGCCAAAUGCAGACAGGUUCCCCAAGAUCGAGGUUGUGGGAAAUCGCAUGGAACACGCAAUAGUGCACCUAGCUGGUAAAGCAAAGGAAGCUGUUGAACCAUUUCUUCCAAAAUCAACGGAAGUAGGAGCUCUAAGGCAGCAAAUGAGAAGCGUCUGCAAUCAACGUAACAAGAAGAAGGUUUUGUUUUGA